AUGGAAAUUGGGCUUUCUCCCAGCACUCUGGUGACGCCGCACAAGAAGAGCAUGCUGGGAAACGGGAACUACGAUGUAAACGUCAUCAUGGCGGCGCUGCAGACCCGCGGGUUCGAGGCCGUUUGGUGGGAUAAAAGAAGGGAUGUGGGCAGCAUCGAGCUGUCCAACGUGACGGGCUUCAUCCUGAACGUCCCGUCCAACCUGCGCUGGGGUCCUCUGAUGCUGCCGCUCAAACGCCAGCACUGGAUGGGAGUCAGGGAGGUGGGGGGGGUCUACUACAACCUGGACUCCAAGCUGCGCAGCCCUCAGCCAAUCGGAGCGCCCGACCACCUCAGGUAGUUUCUCCGGCAUCAGCUGCAGG